AUGUUCUUCGGCGAUGAGGAUGAUGCACUACAGAUGCGAUGGGCUAUCGUAUGCUCCGUACCAGAUGAAGAAAUCAUCAACACUCUAAGUGAAUUUGCUAUAUGGUUUCUCAACGAGGUCACUCAUGUCGCGGGUAGGAUGAAUAUCUAUGCAAGAUUCGAAAAAAGACCCAAGGUUGUGCAGCACGUUCCCGUUGGCGACUACGAUGCCUGCGCUUCUGCCUACGAAAAUAUUAGACAGAACUGGCCUGCCGUCAUGUUUGUUCUUCAUAUUCUUCCCGAAAAGAAUGCUCGUGAAUAUGAAUGGAUGCGUACGCUCAGUUCAAUUCACGGUUUCGUUCGGCAGGGAGUACUGCUUGAAAAUGCUCUGGAUAGGUUCGCUAGUGUUGCCAAGUUGGGAAACGAUCCUAAUGAGGUGUUCGCAAAUGUUGCGCAGUGGAUUGCCCGCGCCACUAGCAAGCUUUGCCUUGAUAAGGACCCCAUGUAUAAACCGUGUGAUCUUCGUGUUGGUUCACGUAACGCCAUGCCUCUCAAUGUCAAAAUUGAUCAAGAUGCCAUGCAAACCGCCGUUAACACCGUUCUAUCCGGAUCUCCAGACUUACUCCCAUUACAUCGUGAAGAAUCUGCCGUGCAUGUCACUGGAUUCCCGUCUUCACUCAACGAAUUUGGUGUAGCUCAAUUGUUCCAUGGAUUGAAGGUCACAGGAGUGGUUUUGAACUCUGAUCGAGCUACGAUAACGUUUGCCACAAAAUUCUUAGCGUAUCAGGCGUGCUCUUUGCACGGUAAGAAACUCGAUCGUUUUCACACACUUCGCGUUGAGCCUGUCUCGCAAGAAGUCAAAGAGCAGCUUUUGUUGAACGAAGCCGACUUGUGA